AUGUCUGACGGUGGCCUUCUGAAGCCUGAGAAGGACUUCACCAAAGAUGCCGAUAAGCUGAUUCCGGAGGCUGAGCAACUCGCAAAGACCGAUGUACAGGGUGCGAUUGACAAGCUUUUGGUAUUAGAAAAACAAGCAAGACAGGCCUCCGACCUGCCGACUACAUCUCGACUUCUUGUUACCAUUGUCACGAUCAGCAAGAAUUCCGGCGACUGGAACUUCCUCAAUGAUCAAGUGCUCCUUCUUUCUAAAAAGCAUGGCCAACUUAAGCAAGCUGUGACAAAGAUGGUGCAGGUGGUGAUGGGAUUCUUGGAUGAUACACCUAAUAUGGAUGUGAAGCUAUCGGUGAUCCAGACUUUGCGGACUGUGACGGAAGGCAAGAUCUUCGUUGAAGUCGAGAGAGCCCGCGUGACCCGAAUUCUGUCCAAUAUCAAGAAAUCCCAAGGCGACCUUAAUGCCGCCGCUGACACUCUUUGUGAGCUCCAAGUAGAGACAUUUGGGUCGAUGACUAGGAGAGAAAAGACUGAGUUCAUCUUGGAACAAGUGGCUCUCUGUAUAGAGAGAGGUGACUGGACACAAGCGACUAUCCUCAGUCGCAAGAUCAACAAACGGUAUUUUGCUCGCAAGCCAAAGAAGAGCCCUGAGGAAAUCGAAAAACUCAAGAAAGAGGCUGAGGAAAGAGAAAAGACUCGUGCUCCGGAUGAGGCUCCUAUGGAAGUUGAUGACGACGUCACGGACUUGAAGCUUCGCUACUUCGAGCAGCAGAUUAUUCUUGCCAACCACGACUACAAGUAUUUGGAUGUUUGCAAGCACUACCGAGAAGUCCUAGAUACAGAAUCAGUGCAAAACAACCCAGAGCAAUUGCGUGCAGUACUCGCCCGAAUUGUGUAUUACAUUGUCUUGUCUCCUUAUGACAAUGAACAAUCAGACCUACUCCAUCGCAUUCAGCAAGACUCGCGAAUCUCGAGAGUCGCUGUUGAAUCUCGGUUGAUCAAACUGUUUACUAUCCACGAAUUGAUGCGCUGGCCCAUGGUUUCGGAGCAGUUCGGUCCUCAUUUGUGUAACACCGAUGUGUUCAGCGCAGAACCUGGCCAUACCGCAGAUGAUCAGCCGCAUAAGCGGUGGCAGGAUCUCCGGAAGCGUGUCAUCGAACAUAAUGUCCGGGUAGUCGCCAAGUACUACACACGCAUUGAGAUGGGCCGGUUGACGGAGCUUUUGGACCUGACUGAAGAAGAGACGGAGAAGUACAUCAGUGACCUGGUCACGUCAAAGACCAUUUAUGCGAAGAUCGACCGUCCGGCACGGCUGGUCAACUUCGCCAAGCCUCGUGAUGCCGAUGACGUCUUGAACGAAUGGAGUAGCGAUAUGAAGAGCCUUCUGGGGCUCCUGGAGCGCAUCGACCACUUGAUCACCAAGGAGGAGAUGAUGGCCCGGAUUCUCCCCUCUCGAGGCGAGAAAGGCAAGGCUCAUUAA